UCGGUAUGUAGCAGUCGAUUUUGAUUUUCAUUAACAUUCAUUUGUGGAACUUCUACAGCGUUUUCUUAAGCAUCUCUGUAAGCGAAGAGUCACUUUGUUACCACUGCUGGAACCCAGAAAUUAAAAGAGAAAUACAACACAGCACUGAACAACGUUAACAGAUCUCCACACAAAAGUAAAGAAUUUAACGCCAGAAUGACAGAAGAUUCUUCUGCUGACUUGUAUUUCUCUGGAGCUUUGGAGAGACUGGGGGAAUGUGACGCAAAUGUAGCUGUUGCAAAGGCUAAAGAAAAACUGGACAGUCUUGAUAGUGUGACUCUGAAUAUUGCAGUGGCUGGGGAAACAGGAGCAGGAAAGUCUGCAUUCAUCAAUGCAUUUCGAGGUCUGGAUGAUGAUGAUGACAAUUCUGCACCAACUGGAAUAACUGAAACAACAAAGCAAGUCACCAUGUAUACCCAUCCCUCAAAGUCAAAUGUCAGACUGUGGGACCUGCCAGGGACUGGCAUGCCUAAUUUCAAGGCUAACAAUUUCCUCAAGGAAGUGAAAUUUGAGACUUAUGAUUUAUUCAUCAUCAUUUCCUCUGAGAGGUUCAAGGAAAAUGAUGUCUUUCUGGCCAAGGAGAUUGAAAAAAAGCAGAAGAGGUUUUAUUUUGUCCGGACCAAGAUUGACAAUGACAUUCGGUCAGUGGCAAAGACAAGACAUUUUGAUGAGCAGAAGGUACUUUGCACAAUUAGAGAGGACUGUCGCAGAAAUGUGAAGGAGCUGGGAAACCCCAAGGUGUUCCUGAUUUCCUCUUAUGACUUGGGAAAAUAUGACUUCCAAGACCUCGUAGAUACCCUAGAGUCAGAGCUUUCAGAAUACAAGAGAUUUGCUCUGGUCCAGUCUGUGCCUGUGUGCUCUCUGGCUAUGCUAGAGAAGAAAAAAAAGUUUAUGGAGAAGUUCAUUUGGCUUGCAGGACUAGCCUCAGGUCUGGGAGCCGUUAUCCCUGUUCCUUUAUUACCUGUGGUCAUUGACAAGAUGGUAUUGACGACCUUUCUUGUACAUUGUCAUUACGCUCUGGGUUUGAAUGAGAAUUCACUCAUCAUACUGUCUGAGAGAACGAACAAGCCUCUUUCACAGAUCAAAUCAGCUAUAAAGUCUCCUUUAGCAUUAGCAGUAGUAGACAAACUGAGAAUUAGGCCUCGUACAUCUGUGGCAAAACCAGUGAAAAGCUUAGAAGAACUGCUUGAUGCUAAACUUCUUGUAACAAAUUUUGUGAAUGCGUCUGAGGCCUUCAAUGCAACAUGCACCAUCUUGCGUGGAGCACUAAAUGACAUGAUAAAUGACAUGAGACAGGUUCUUCAAGCUGCAGGUUUGAAUGAAUAAAAUUAAGCUGGUGCAGUAAAGAGAUGUUUAUCAAAAUGUUAACCAAAAUUACAUCAGAACAUUAAAACUGAGUUUAUUGGCCAUACUUCUGCACUGGAGAGUUAAAUGGUUGAAAAGAAAUGUUAUACUGAAUAUUUUAUAAUAGUGCAUGUUAAAUGAAAUGGAAUAUGUUGAAUAAUAAUCAUUUAUGAAAACAAAUUGGGUAUAAUUGGUGACUUUGUACUGUUUAAGGAAACUUGGGAAUCUGGUGGUCUGUGCAAAA